AUGGAGUCUCUCCCCGUCGAAGUCGUCGAGCGCAUUUGCUCCUACCUGUGCUUUCACUGCCUGAAUCCCGGCGUGUUUCCCAACGCAGACACGGAGGACACUCGCUCAGGCAAGGCAGCGCUGGCCCGGCUCUCCAGGAUGUCCGUCCGCAUCUGCGCCAUCGCACAGCCCUUUGUCUACCACUACUUCGCAACGGGAAACAUGCCCCGGAUGGACUAUACGAAGUUUUCAGACGACCGCUUCAUCCUCCCCGCCGAAGACGACAAGCUGCCCGCCUUCCUGCGCACCGUCAUCGAGCGGCCCGACCUGGCCGCCCGAGUCAGGACCCUCCAGCUCGUCCGGUCGACCAAGGUUAUCGACUGCAGCUCAGACCUGCUCGCCACCCUCAUCGUGGCGAGCAAGGCAGCCGGCAUGCGCCACAACCCCCUGCCGCACGUCGAGGGCGGCACGCACGACUGGCUCGAGGAGCUCGCCCUCGUGCUCCUCCCGGGCAUCGAGACCCUCCUCCUGGCGCGCGACCACCCAUGCCGGUUCCGCCACCUGGACGACUGCGGCGCGUCGCUCCCCUCUCUCCGGACCGUUGCCCUUCGGGGAGUGCGCCGCCGCUACUACAUGAACGAGGUGGCGGCACUAUUCGGCGCCGCCCCAGGCCUGGAGACGCUGUACGCCAUGGAUUGCGACUUUCACGAGGAUACCUUAUCGGAUCCCGACAUCAAGCACAAGGACCUACAACUCGCGCGUGUGGCGAGGCUGGUGGUGAGCGGCCUCGCGCCCGAUGACCUGUGGCUGCUGGUGGGCAGAUUCCCGGGGCUGUGCGAGCUGCAGUACUGGUUCUCGUCCCACUACCUCGAUAUGCUGCAGUUCGGGGAGCUGGUGAGGGCGUUGGACCCAGUCCGGUCCACGCUACGGCGGCUGACGUUGUCGUACUCGUCGAACUCGAUCAUGUCGGCCAUGUACGAGGACAUGAUCGAGUUCGACGAGUACGACGCGAUGCCCUUGUCCCGCGAAUUUGCACAACUCGAGUUCCUCGCCGUCGACCAGGCCGCCAUCUUCUGCCCGGGGCGAUGGGCAGAGGACACUGACGACGACGGCACCGACGACGGCGGCACACACGACACGCCCGGCCUGCGCCUGGUCGAGUACCUGCCCCCGUCGAUCCGCGAGGUGCAUUUCCUGUCCCUCUACAGGUCCUUCCCCGAGCUGGAGCGCCUGGCCCGCGAGGCCCCAGCCGAGCUGCCAAACCUACGCGUCGUCGUGAUCAGCCUGGCGGAGAGGAUCAAGGACAACAGGAAGGCCGGGAUAGCGCAGAUGCUGCGCACCGUCCGGCCGCUGUUCGAGGCGGCGGGGAUCGAGUUCUCCGCCAGCAUGAGCUGUUUCGGGGGGGAUCCCCUGUCUUUGUUGACCUUUGUCGAGUACUCGGUGUCGCCCUUGACGUCGAUGUCCGCGGCGGUCACAAUCCUCCCGUCCAGGCAGGAGAUUCUAACCCAGACCGAGUCUACUCCAAAGCCGAUCCCCUCCUCCCCUCCCCCCGGGGCUACGGGCCUUCUGGAAGUAGUUGUAGUCCUUCCGCACCGUGCCCUGCUAGGGUUUGCCACUGUCUGA